GACAGGAUCAUGUGGCUGCUCCCAGCUCUGCUCCUCUUCCUCGCAGGCUGCUCCACUGCUCAGGAUGCAAUCACGGGUCCAAACAUGGUGAGCGGUCAUGAGCAGGGCUCCUUGACUGUGCAGUGCCAUUAUGACUCCUCCUGGAAGAAUUACAAGAAGUACUGGUGCCGAGGAGCUGAUUGGAAUACAUGUGAGAUUCUGGUUAAAACGGAUAUGGAGCAGUUGGUGAAGAAGGACCGUGUGUCCAUCAGGGACGACCAGACAGACUUCAUCAUGACAGUGACCAUGGAGGAGCUGAGGAUAAGCGAUGCUGGCGUUUACUGGUGUGCAAUUGAGAAAUCUGGAUAUGAUCCAUAUUUUAAAGUUAAUGUGAACAUUGGCCCAGCUCCAGAAAUUACAACUGUAAUAUUAACAACCAUGGCUCCAGUUCUGACAUCCGCACCGACAACCAGGGAGAGCAUUGCCAACCAUGGAGAGACUCAAACCAGCACCCUCACCUGGUUCGUGAUGAGCAGCAUCUACUUCAACAUCCUGGUCUUUCUGGAGCUGCCUCUGAUCCUGAGCAUGCUCAGUGCUGUCCUCUGGGUGAAUAGACCUCAGAGGUGUUCUGGGGGAGGUGAAGUCGGCCUGGGGAAGGUCCAGAGUUCUGAUUCUGCAAGCAGAGAGAAACCCCUCCCUGUACAUAGGAAAUAAUCCCCCUCUCUUUCUUUUUCUCUCUCUAGUGUGUGUGUGUGUGUGUUUACACAUUGUAGUACAUAUGUGCAUGUAGAGGACAAAUUCAGGUGCCAUUCCACUAUUGUUUGUGACAGGGUCUCUCGAUGGCCUGUACCUUUGCCAAGUAGGCCAGGCUAGCUAGCAGGGAACUCCGGGGACCUACCUGCCUCCAUUUCCUGUCUUGCCAUCCUAAGCACACACAAGUGCCUCAACUUUAAAACACACACACACACUAAACACAAAAAACCCAUGGGUUGUGAUAAGCAUUUUAUUGACUGAGCCAUCUCCCAGCCUAGAAAAGAAUAUCAAGCACUGACUGUGGUCAGCAGUACUAUGACUCUGGAGUACUGUGGGCUCACCCUCAGACUGCUCCCCAUCCCUACAGCAUGAACAACUGGGGUUCUGGAACCCCUCAGGUUCUCCCUCUCUUAGAACAUCCUACUGUGCCUGCCUGGGUCUUUCUUCCUCUGAUGGUGUCCAGGGAAGUAGAAAAUACAAGGAAAGGUCAUGUUUCUUCUUAGGGCACCAGUUCCUUUAGGACACAUGUCAUCCCAAGUCUGUGUGCCACCAGACAUGUGUUUGACCAACUCUCUGGGAAAU